AUGAAAAAACAAAAUGUUGAUGAAGAUAUCAUAAGUCGAAAUGUUUAUAAACCAGCAUCGUUUUUAACAACUUUUAUACCUGUACCAACCAAUCCCUUCCACCCGCGGGAAUCCCCCACCACCCUAAGAAAAUCCCCUGCCAUCCACCGAGAAUCCCCCUCCACCCACCGAGAAUCACCUUCAUCCACCGAGAAUCUCCUCCACCCACCGAGAAUCUCCUCCACCCACCGAGAAUCUCCUUCAUCCACCGAGAAUCUCCUCCACCCACCGAGAAUCACCUUCAUCCACCGAGAAUCUCCUCCACCCACCGAGAAUCUCCUUCAUCCACCGAGAAUCUCCUCCACAGAAUUCCCCUUCCACCCACUGAGAAUCCCCACUCCACCCAUCGGAAAUCCCCCUCCACUCAAGGAGAAUCCCCUUUCAUCCACCGAGAAUCCCCCUCCACCCACUGAGAAUUCCCCUCCACCCACCGAGAAUCUCCCAUCCACGCACCGAGAAUUCCCCUCCACCCACCGAGAAUCUCCCAUACACCAAUCGAGAAUUCCCCCUCCACCCACCGAGAAUUCCCCUCCACCCACCGAUAAUUCCCCUCCACCCACCGAGAAUUCCCCUCCACCCACCGAGAAUUCCCCUCCACCCACCGAGAAUCUCCCAUCCACCCACCGAGAAUUCCCCCUCCACCCACCGAGAAUUCCCCUCCACCCACCGAGAAUUCCCCUCCACCCACCGAGAAUCUCCCAUCUACCCACCGAGAAUUGCCACUCCACCCAUCGAGAAUUCCCCCUCCACCCACCGAGAAUUCCCCUCCACUCACCGAGAAUCUGCCGUCUACCCACCGAGAAUUCCCCCUCCACCCACCGAAAAUUCCCCUCCACCCACCGAAAAUUCCCCUCCACCCACCGAGAAUCUCCCAUCCACUCACCGAGAAUUCCCCUCAACCCACCGAGAAUUCCCUCUCCACCCACCGAGAAUUCCCCUCCACCAACCGAGAAUUCCCCUCCACCCACCGAGGAUCUCCCAUCCACCCACCGAGAAUUCCCCCUCCGCCCACCGAGAAUUCCCCUCCACCCACCGAGAAUUCCCCCUCCACCCACCGAAAAUUCCCCUCCACCCACCGAGAAUUCCUCCUCCACCCACCGAGAAUUCCCCUCCACCCACCGAAAAUUCCCCUCCACCCACCGAGAAUCUCCCAUCCACCCACUGAGAAUUCCCCCUCCACCCACCGAGAAUUCCCCUUCACCCUACGAGUUACCCCUCCACCCACCGAGAAUCUCCCAUCUACCCACCGAGAAUUCCCCCUUCACCCAUCGAGAAUUCCCCCUCCAUCCACCGAGAAUUCCCCUUCACCCACCGAGAAUUCCCUUCCACCCAUCGAGAAUUCCCCUCAACCCACUGAGAAUUUCCCUCCACCCACCGAGAAUUCCCCCUCCACCCAUCGAGAAUUCCCAUCCACCCACCGAGAAUUCCCCUCCACUCAACAAGAAUUUCUUUGAAUCCUGUAAUAAAUCAAAUAAAUUAAGAACUUCAGACGUCGUAUUAGUUUCUACAUUUAUCCCAUUGACUGGUGACUUCAACAACGUGGCUGACGACUUCAACAACGUGGCAGACGACGUCAACGUGACAGACGACGUCAACAACGUGGCAGACAACGUCAACGUGACAGACGACGUCAAUAACGUGACAGACGACUUCAACAACGUGACAGACGACGUCAACAACGUGGCAGACGACUUCAACAACGUGACAGACGACUUCAACAACGUGACAGACGACUUCAACAACGUGGCAGAUGACAUCAUCAACCUAACACAUAAGACUAUUAGCAGAUAA